CAGCAAAGUGAGGUCAGUUGGUCUGUUGGGCCACGCUCCACGAAAGCAGUCUGCAUUGAAGCUCAAACUGAGGUUCAGGUCCAGCUGCAGGGCUAGGCGAGUUCAAGUUCGGGCCCCCAACUGACGAAAGAAAACUAGAUCGCCAUCAACACAACUGCCAUGGACACCGACAGCACCAGGACUGAUCAGGAGAUCGCCAUCGCCCUUCGCAAGAGAUCGCUGCUGUUCUGGCUCGCUGUAGCUCAACACAAGUCCAAAUGUACAGCACUCGUCCCGGACAGUAAACCCGUCCAAGGCAUCUUUAUCGCUGUGGAUGCAGAGGAGCGCCGUAUCAGGAUUAACACACUGCAGACCCCGCUUGGGACGUAUGACCAGGUUGUUUUGCGGGGCAACGACGUCGAUGCGCUCGAACUCGCCUUGUGAUUCGCCACCGUUUCGCUACCUGCGUCCAAUCCCAGGGCCAUACUAGACUCUUUUCCUGUCCCAAGAGGCCCUCCCCAGUGUGGCAAUGGUGGAUUUAGUCGAGAGGGUGGACGAAUAUGGGGCUUGGACACAUCUCAGAUCUGGAGGGAGCUAUCACUUGCGGAAGAGAAGUAUCUUCGGGACAUCAUGGAUUAAGCAAUACGACUUGAGUAUUGUUCCAAGGCGCGUCGAUUGAGCUCAAGAACAGUGGAUUGUCGCAUGUCUUCGCGUUCCUGCAGUCGCUUAAACGAAUACGCUCACAAAUAAAGCAAUGGACCGACCAACUCCAGCAACGCCUUCGAAAAUGCAAUAAAGAAUGCGCAAUAGUCUAUGUCUGUCUGCUUGAAGGGAAAGGAGGCAUGGCAGGAUAAACAUUCGACGCGCCUGCACUAAGAGUGCCGUAGACGAUGACGCAGUGACCUGU